AGCUCUUGGCUGGCCCCGAGUUGCCUGAGCAACUGCAGGCACACAAACACGAACGCCUGGCUCCCGCUCCUGCUCUGUUUGCAACCAAACACAUGAGCUCCUGGUAACGAUCCCUGGGAACGGAUGGGGCUCCGGGAUGGGACGGCGCCUCUGGGAUGGGGUGAUUGCUGUUGCGGGUGCUCGGGUGCAUAAGGCUGGGUGCAGGUGCUGCCACCACAAUCCCAGACACGGGCAGAGCCUGCUGAAGUGCUACCUGGGUGGCAGAGUCAGGCUUUCCAGCUACACACUCACCUCUGUGGUUAUCUGUUUGGAACCGGACUCCCUAAGUAACCCACAGGUUAUUUGGCAGGUGCCUCAGCCACAGCACCAGCACUGCCCACGCCACGAGGCAUGUGCUGGGGUGCACAUGUGGCUCGAGUGGGCUCGCUCCCUGCCAUUGCACAGCUCUGCACCUUCUGCAUCCUAGCCACCUGCUUUUUAAAACACAGGAGAAGGAAGAGAUUGUCUCCUGGGCUGGUUUCAGCCCCACCCCCAGUGCGGGUCUACCAGUAAGUAUCCACCAGUGGCAGGAUGGGGGCGUGGGCUGGGGGGAUUUUAGCCCUCCAUUGAGCAGGUCAGAGGGAGUUUGUGGCUGUCUGUUCCCCUAAAUGCUCUUUCUGAGAUCCAAUGUUGCUCCUUCAAAAAGUUGUUGCUGGAGCGGUGGGAGGGGCGGCUUUAACCCUUUGUUGGCUCCAUUGUCCAGCUGCAAAAACGAAGUGCAAAACCUCCCAGGGCAAGGCUGUCCAGCAUUGCCCCAGGUCUGCGGAGCUGCCAUCCACAGCCCCAUCCUUGUGCGCAGACUUGGAGGCUUUGUGAAGGAGGAACAUUUUGUGAAGGGGUGAGCAGAUUCAUCCCCUGCCUGUAUGUGGCUCUGGUUAGAAGCCGGCGGUGGACCGGAGUGGGCACCCCUGUUGGGGCAGCUCUGAAGGGGAGUUGUGGGCGCUGAGAUGCUUUUGGUAGUGGGAAAGCAAGCCCAGGAGGUGGAUUUCUUCCCAGUUUUAAGCUUGCACGUGGCAAGAGCAGCAGCUCUGGCAUCCCUGUGUCCAGCAGCAGAGCAUGGCAUUCCGGACCAACAGCCAUUCCUCCCCCAGCUGCUCAGCCCACCUCUGCCCCGAGGCUGGGCACCGCAGCAGCUCUCCUGUCCGCCUCGCAGCUGCUGAGCACCCAUGGUUUGCAAGACAGCGAGGAGGGUGGAUGGGUCUUCACUUGGAGUCACCUCCAUAAGUACAUCAGCAAGGGGAGCUGAGCUGCCACUCCUCAGGUGAUGGAGCAGCCAGGGCAAGAACUGUAGGACCUUCCCGUGGACAGUGAGUUCCGCUGAGCCUUGCUGUCACUUGGCUACAUCCUGCUCUGCAUCCUGAGCAGAAGCUUUGCAGGCUGUGAGGCCGUGGCAGAGGUCACGCAGUGGCUAACAGUUCCCACUCACUGCCAAGCCGCCCAGCAUAGAGGUGCUCCUUACCUGCUGCAGCUUCUCCUCAAGUUCUCUGCCAUUUGCUCCACAGCUCACACAAGGCUUGCCCCUUCUGACCUUCUUGUUCCCAAGGAGGCAGCUCCAGCACAUGCUGUUUGCUGUAUGGGAACAGGGCUGGGUGGUGAGGGUGGCAAUGGCCAGACCACUCUGGCCAGGCUGCUUGACACCACUUAGUCUGGUAUCUCAGUCCUGCUCAAACCAGCCCCAGGAAAAUCAGUGCUGUCAAAGACCCAGCAGGGUCUAACAGCUGUGAAGUGCCAAAGAUCAGCCUGAAAAGGAGUCACUUUUGAAGUGAUGGAAACAGCUUCCUGGGAACAAGAAGACAUUGGUUUGGGUCUUACGGAAAACUUUCUAAAUACCAGUGCGGUGAGCUCCUGGGAGCUGCUGGCUGCAUAUGUGUGCACAAGGCUGUGCUUUGCAUUACAGAUGCAGCACACAGCCCUUGUGCGUGGCUGAAGCCAGGUGGAGACAUGGCCUCAUGGGGAGGUAAGUGCAAGGAAUAUGGCCUUUAAGCAUCAGUCUUCAUGACUAAUGUGGGCAGGAACGCAGAGAUCCCCAGGAUGGUUGGCACUGGAGUGCAGGAUGAACAAGGAGAGGCCAGUUAGGUUGCCCAUCCCUUGAGAAGACCACAACCUGAAGGAACUUCCAUGGGACCAGCAGCUCCAGCUGUUUUCCCAGUGAAGCUUGAAGUGGUGCUACAGGCUGCUGAGACAGCAGAGACCUUAAAAUAUUAGUUGCAGGACUACUUUCUUUGAUGAAAAGUGACACAGCCCAAACAAAAGGGCUUGCAGCCAUUUCCCCUGCACUAAAUAAUUAGCUCUGGCCAAGCAUUAGCUCUGAGGUUGGCUCCACACCAGCUCAAGAAAGACAUUUUGCAGCCAGCGUAUAAUUGUCUCAGAGCAGAGGAGCCAGCGGGCGGAAGGUGUCUCAGCCAGAAUUUAUGUUGUUUGCAUUGAUCCAGGCCCCAGACAUGAAGCUUUUUUUCUCCUUCCCAUUUUUUCUUCCCCUUGGCCGCUCACCGGCCCCGCUCCUGCAGCAGAGGGACAUGCCAGACCUCGCACCCAACCCUGUCACCACAAACAGUCUCCACGAUUUCGGACAACCCAGACCCUCCCACAGGCUGGUGUCCCAGUUUUACAGGGAGACACAGCCCAGAAGGCUCAGCUGACUGAUUAUGAUGGAUUUAGCUGUAAAACGUGUUCUCUGCCCCCAAGGUCACUUCUCUAGUGAGUUUCUAAACUAAUCUUGGAACCGCAUCUGUACUUAUUGAAGUGCUUCACACUUUGACAGCAAGUUGUAUGCCUGGGACCGGGUUCUGGCUUAUCUGAGAGGUCAUUUUGCUUUGGGAUGAGUGGUUUGACCAGAGGUAGCGCUGUAGACUGACCACCUUGUUUCUCAAGAAUGUUAGAUUCAUUCCUAGAAAAGCAAGAGAAUGGAUGACAAUAAGCCCAUCAAGGACUUGCCCUUUCUGUCCCUGUGUAGGAGCACCAGGAAGAGCUCAUACAUGUUGCUGUUGCAAAAAACUUCUCCCUUCGUGAGCAUCCCUCUAUGGAGUGUAUUGCCCGGUAUAGUGCAGAUCCUUGGUCUCAGGCCAGGCAAAACAGCUUCUCUAUCGAGUUGUACCUGCGUUGCCUUCCUCAGCUCAGUACUUUUCCAUUUUGCUGAUGGUCUGAUGGACAACGUUUUCCAAAAUACACAGACUAGUCUGCAAAUCAUGUUCAGGCAAGAUUCAGAGAGCAGCUUGUGCCCUGGUGGAUCAGGCUCUUUCUCAGAGGUGUACAUCUAAAUCAGGGCUAGGAUUUCAAAUCCUUGCAGUCAGUGACCUGAGACAUUGGUUUGACCACUAGUGCUAGUGCAAUAUGUCAUUGCCAGCUAUGUGUUGCCAGCACUGUGCUGGAAUAUUGAUUCAGGGCCAUUUUAGAGGGAAUUCAAUUAACUAAAUUACCAUCUCCUCAGCACUGCAUGGCUUCAGAUAAAAUUCUGUUACACAGGAGUCAUGCCUACUUUUUGUUAACAUAAUGACUGCUGCAGAAGUGUAAAAAGGCAGGGGAAGAUAGGAGCAGGAAGAUGCUGAGAACUACAAAAAAGGCAAGGAUUAGAUUUGCCAGUUUAUAUAUAGAUAUGCCAUCUUAUACCACAUGAGAUUUUGUACAAGAUAAAACUGAACACAGGCCCUAUUUAAUAUGUCUUUUGUUCCCUGUAUGGUGGACAACUGCAUAAUUGUUCUGAAGUGCAGCACUGAUCAGAGCCGUGUGCUGACGGUACUGAUGCAGUUCUUCCUAGUGCGGGUGAUGUCUCAUGAUCGGUGCACUCCUCUGCUGGAAGACGUUUGUGAAUAGCGUGGCUGCUCUCUUUGGUCAACUGCUUCAGCAGGACGGUUUGUGGACACUAAAGAUUUGGCCAAGAUUGUUGCAGGAAAAAAAAUUAAACACCGAAGAGGCAUUCAGGAGAGUGAACCUACCACGAGGAUUUUUUCCAAAACUGAUACACUGAUCUCUGUUUAUUCAAAACCAUAUUUUAAAAUGUUUGUGCUUGGAGCUCUAAGUCUGUAGCUUAGAGCUCUGUAUUUCAAGAUGACGACAAGUACAGCUAUGAUUCAAUUUAAGAUUUCACGCAUGGCUGGUUUACAAUGGUUAAUAGCUGAUAGAAACCAUUCAAAGAGAUUGAUAGCAUGUGCUAAAAGAGCUGGAGUGCUCUGAUUGAAAAAGAAAAGUCUUAUUUCAUUUUGACCUGAGAUACUACUUCUAAAAAAAGUAGUUUAAUCAGGCCCAGGAUAUUCCUGACUUUCCACUCACUGAACUGGCAUUUUUGUAUCUUGGCUUUAAAGUCUGUAACCAGUUCCAGCCUCCUGGAGCGUACAAUGUGCGCUAAUGAUCACCAAAAUAGCUCCCUCAUGUGCCAAAGCGCUGAAUUCAUCCGUUUGCCAGCAGUGCAGGGGUAUUACAAGAAGCACACAUGACUUAGGACCGGAGGAGCUCUGCUGAGACACAGGUGCCACCUUCUGCCACGACAGACAAGCUGUGUACCGUACCUGUGCCCAGCCCAUUCCUCUGGCUGUCCCGCAGAAGAGCCCAGGUCUCCUGAAGGUUGGUAAGUUGUUUCACUUCCAGUCUUAGAAAUUCCACCUGGGAACUCAGAUGAUCAUUCUUCUGUAACAACUCAUCUGAAGGAGACACAGGGAGAAGGUUGAUCUUACAAGCCACUGCUGUGCUGAGCAGCUUUCUAAUGGGCAGGGUUGUUCCACGGGACCAAAGGGGACCAUGGGAUCCAAUGGCUGGAUGUUACACUCAGCAAAAAAUCUCUGGAGCUGCUUUGAGGGGUUGUGGAACGUUCUUUGUCACCCAAAGUCUUGAAAACUCAAGGCUGCAGAGUGGCCAAAGUCCAUCCCACUGUUCAGUGCUGUUUUCCUCACCCUGCAGCAUCCAGGGCAUGGAACCAUGCAGCCUCUGCCCCAGGGCAGGUCAGAGGAGAUGCUCAGACCUCCUUGGCCUGUGAGACUGUCUCAGGUGACAUCAUUCCUGUCACCUUUUAUACAGGCCAUUGAAAUGUGCUGGACAAAUGAGGAUGAAGGUUUGGAUGGCCGUCAGUUUGCCUGUCUGAGGGCAAGGACAGACUGAAAAUACCUGAUAAUCACAUCCAGUUUGUAGGAAAGUUUGUUUAGGUCCUUUAGCAGUCCAGGUAUCCAUCCUGUGAUGGUACUGGUUCCUUAUCACAUUACAGUAAUCUUGUUCUUGCUAUCCAGUGAAUCAAAGCUCCUGAAAAAGGCAUAUAUAGCAUGGCUGGCACUGUCAUAACACGUGUAUGGUUGCAUUGCAUCAGUUCUUAUGAACCUUGUAAAGCUACAUCAGCCACCAUUUUCUUGGUGCCCAGGAGGCUAUAAAGAAAUCUUUCCAUUUUGCCCUGCUGUAUUUGGAUGUUUGAUUUCUUGAGACACAAUGAGUAGAAGCAGCAGCCUGAUCCAUGUUUUGUAACGUGGAAGCUGAUACAUGUCUCUCCUCCAGGCCUUCACCCAGCUGCUGCAUCAGAUAAUCCAUUUGCGAUGAGACAAAACAAAACAAAAUCCCAAAAUCACAAAGGGUCACAAAUGUUAAGAGAAAUGAGUCACUUGUCUACAGUUUUGCCAGUUCCUGGUAAGUUCCUAGGAGUCUUUCCAACGACGCUGGUGAGCCCUCUGAAGAGUGAUAAACGACAAUGAGUGUAACAUGGUGUGAUUUUAUGCUAACCCUUAUGUCACUGCUUUGAAGUACUUGUUUGAAACACACUUCUAAAGAAAAAAAAAAGACAUUUUCAAAGCACUCCUGCAUAGGUGUGCAAAAAAUAACUUAAACAAACAGCAAAGUCUGAAACACAAAUGUAUAUUCAGGCAUUUUGAACAGGGAGCUUAGUUGAUGUCAGAAAACAAAUCUAAACAGAAAUGUUUCUAUGGAUUUUAUUUUUUUUUUGAGACCUAAUUGGAAACAGAUUUUAGCUUUGGUUUUAAAAAUUUCCUUGCAGCAUCUGCAAUGGUAUCUCUACAUUAUGCGUUUUAUUCUCAAGGAACAUAAGUAUGAAGCUAUUGAGCAGAGGAGGGAAAAACUCAGCAUCCUCUUGCUCGCGUUAUUGCCACAGGUUUGGCCAGUGCUUUUGGGAAAGUUGUGCGACCUGGUUCUCCUGGGGUUUUAACCAAGUAGACUUAAAGAUAAAUUACAAAACCAAGAGACCCUUAUACAUUGAUCUCCACCUUUCUGCCCUCAUAAAUCCAGCAUUUCUUGCUCCAGUGAGAUGGAGCUUUGAGAAGAGUAACAUAGGGUGGGUCAGCAUCACAAGUGGGUGAGCUUGGGCUCUUCUCUAGGUGGACCGUGUAGAUUUUGAACUCCUGUCGUGAUAGAUAUCUCAUUCAGCCCUGACAUCUCAUUUUCUGACUCAGUGCAUCAGAGUGAGACCCAUGGGGAAAAAGAUGACCAGACUUCCACUGGAUCAAGAGUCUGAUUUGAUUUGAUACACCCCACAGCCGUGUGUUUGUUAAACCCAACCUGAGGAAGGGAGCUGGAGCACAGCUGGAGUUAGCGUAGGGGACCAGGACCUGUGACAGGUUGUGGUGCAAUCAUGCCGAGUAAAACACAAAACCACAGCCAAAAUACAUGUGCAACAUCUGGGAAAGGCAGAAGCUCGAGCAACUAUGGCACUUAGCCCUGGCGAUGGCCCUGAAGAUCAUCCAGAAGGUGACGAGUGUUGCUAGAAGUUUUGCUGUGUUGACAGAUCCAGGUCUUUCCAGGGUUGGACACGAGAGAAAAAUCGGUAUGAACAUGAUGGCAGAGGAGUGUGUUCUGUUUGCCGGGUGUCCUGGGAAGCAGGAGGGUCCAGCUGACAGCAGGACAGCUGUGCAGCAUGGCAGCUGCCUGGCCAGCACGCGUGGGCGGCGCAGGGUUUCAAAGUGAAACGCUUGGCUGAAUAUAGAUAAAACUCUACAGGCAUCGUCUGAAAAUGGGACCCAUCCAACAGCCAAGCUUUUGAAGUGUCAAUGGGUUCACGCUGUACAGGCGGGAGAGGACAACGGUGACCAUCCUUUUGUUUAUACUGUAUUUAUUUAAAUGUUUUAUGGUUUAUUUUUCAUAAAAGAAACUCUCCCCUUUUCCCCCUGAUGCCAAAAUACAGUCUGGCAGCCCUUCCUUCACCCUCCUUAAUAGAUCUGUCAUCUAAAACAUCCAACAGUGCUGCAAUGUUGCUGUGAUUGGUUUUUUUGCAGGCAAGCCUGCCAGGAGAGGAGGGCAGAGAAACCAGCAACUCCAAAGUAUAAAAUCCAACACAAAAAUCUGCCUCAGUGCAGCCUCCAAAUUGCUGUCUGGGGAGACUAUUAAUAAAGCAAUUAAAUAAGGUUAUCUUUAUGCCAUCUGAGACUUCCAGCAAUAACACACAGAGCUGGUAAUGGAUAAACCUGUGUAUAUGUUAAAGACAAAUAAUUCCAUUGAUGAGAUGUGACACAGUCCCAAGAUGCAGUUAUUAUUUUACACAUUUAUUUAUAUAUUAACAUUUCAUAUAUAAAUUAUUCCUAUACAUACAACUUAUACGUUAACAUGUGGAGUUAACCUGCAUUCAUAUCAAUCCCUCUUUUUUAAAAAAAAAAAGUGCUGACCUUGUCUGCAGAUAAAUCUUUAAAAGAAUGAUAAGAACUCCUAUAUCUUUAUGUAAAGUCCUCCUUAAACUAUUUAAAAAACAAACCCCUAAAAAUCCUAGAUGUUAACAACGAUUAGUCCAGUAAUGAGCUGUCAUCCUCCAGAUUUCCUUGGCUUUCUUUUUUUUAUUCCUUGGGUCUUGCUUCUCACCUGUUUCCUAUUUUAUCCAAGAGAAAUGACAGAAACAGCAUCUAAUUAACAAAAGCUGUCAUGUUACCAUUGCGUUAAUUGGCUUUUAAAAUAAAUUGUGGUCCCGCCUCUUCCUCAGGGCCUUUGGGAGGCUCAGCCCUUGUUUGGGAUGGUCCCUUCCCUUGUAGGGAUCCUCAUUUGGGAGCUCCUGGGGCCAUCAUGGAGGUCUCAAAAUCCUCAAAUGCAGGUAAAACAGGCAUUGAAGUACCUCAUGGUGAAGGAUUUUAAAACCAAGCCUCUUCACAGCACUGUCAGCUUUAUAUUAAAAGAGUGAAUUUAAAUGGGGUCUGAUCACCCGGUGUACAAACAAGUGUGAGCGCUAUGCUUUUACUGGCUGAUAUAAAAUUGAGGAUCUUUGUUUCUGAAUCACUUCUGAAAUCAGAAUUUGCCGUUUUGUUUUGUUGUUUUGGUUUCCUGUAAUUAAAUGAGCCCUAAAGCUUACGCAUUCUCUUCACUCAUUUUGGCUCAAGGUGUGAACUCCUCUUCCUCUUGUCUGUAGAUACUUACUGAUACGAGCAUUAUGAGAAGUCAUAACCCCUUUUAACCUUCCAUCACACACACAGACUGCAAAACCAUAAGCUCAGGAGAAAGACUUAACUAUAAAGCCACCAGAAAAAAACACUGAUGUUCACAUUGCUAUUUUCAGCAGCAACAGAAGAAAUGAGAAGCCAAACUGAGGUGCAGCUUGCUUAAGAUCCCUUCUUUGUAUCUCACAGGCUUGUCCUGUUGGGUUUUGUGUUAGCUGUCUCAUUUACUGGGUCAAAUAACACAUUAUCCCUUUUGCUGCUGCUUCAGAGCUGAGGCAGCUCAGGGAGACACAGCAGCAACUGAUUCUGGCACAUAUUUUAACUAAUCUUCAGAACUAUAACCUCUUGUUUGAAACCACUGGGACAGGAAAAAAUAAUAUCUUUGGUGGUGAUUUAUGAUUUUUUGUGGGUUUUGUUGUGGUUUGUAGUACAAGUGGUACUUUAAAGAUCUUUAAGUAAAUACUCCUAGCAAUGCCACACGCUUGUAUCUUAUGGUGAGUUGUUCAGCAGUAGUAAUUAUGGGAUUACUACCAUUUUUUUCAUUGACUUGCCAGCUCACAAAAGCAUAAUUAAUCUGUGUCCCAAUGACGGGAAGUUUACUGGAACAGGGAGGAAUUGGCUUCUCUGGCCUCAACCGCCAAUGCGGGUGCCUCGACCCCGCAAACGAACGCAGCUAACGAGCCUCUCGUCGGGAGAGAGAGCCCUUCCCACACCAGGUAAGCGUUGCUGGCAAAAGGCUGUAAUUGUAAUUUGUUAAUCAUGCUACCACAGCAUCCUCAGGGUGUGUGAGCAGCCCCUGCUCCAGCUUUAAACCUGGCUCUGUGAUAACAGGCAACCUUGGCCUGCUCGUGCGUCCACCAUUGCCCCAAACCCCCCAGCUGCCCAUGACCCCCUGCCCCAACCAUCAGGCUCCUGUCACCCACUGCCCCACUUUGUCACCCUUGUCACACCCGGGUAUCUCCCCUCCGCCUCUUGCCCGUUGCCCAGCAAUGCCAUUAUGUUAAGACCAACCUUUUUCUGUACCCCCUUGUAUACAAUAUAGCCUAAAGACACUCCAAAUGUCAGCUAUCAUCUUCCACCACUUUUUUCUGCUUCAAGAAUUGUGUUGUUCGUUGUCAGUAGAAACUCUGUCUCCUCGGUUUUGCGGGGGUAGCUGCUGUGGCCAGGACAGGCUUUUUUUGUCUGUUUAUUUUCAGCCAUGAAUUGACUUUUCUGUCCAUUUUAGUAAGCCACAGGCUAAUCCACUUCUCAAUGUGAUACAGUAAUGUGAAAAGUGGCUGCGAGACCUAGCUGUGUGUUCCAGUCCUGCUUCAGGUCGUUGCUCUCCCUGCUUAGCUGACAGCCAUGUAUGUGCUUACCGAGCAUCCUUAUUUUCUUUCCUGUCUCAUCAAGAAGAUUGCGACCAACAUAAUAAUAAAUAUCUGCACCUUAAAAUAGAAACUAACUGUAUAAUAUGGUGUGUUCAUAGGCACACAGGUUGUGUGGAGGGGUGUACCAUAUUUAUUUGCAUUUUAUUACUUUUAUUUUAGUAUUUAAGAAAGACAUUUGUCAGAUUUCACUUGCUGUUCUGUGUGACAAGCUCAGCAUAAAUGUAGGCCCGGUUGUUCCAAGGUUUAACCGUAAGUAUUACACUAUGUAAAGCCUUACAGCUUGCUGACUUGUCAAGGGCCACGAUCAUAAACAUAUUAACUAAGGAAUGUGCAAGUGAAUUGGAAGGUAAUUCUCUAGGUCAUUUACCCCAUGCUUUAUUUUUUGUUGCACUACUGUGGAAUGGAAAAUAAAAUGUGAAGUCAAAUUGAGUUUUAAAAUAAAACAUCACAUUGUUUCAGAGUUCACAUGUUCAUUCUUGCCUCUUGACAUGUUUUCCUCUUCUCUUUGAAGGAACCAGAGAGCAUUAUGGAAUCUAUGGGAGAGGAGUUAAUUAAUUUUAAUGUUGGUGGCUGGUAUUUCUCAAUUCCCAAAAGUAAAGUCGCUGAGUUUCCUGAAUCUCUGUUGUGGAAAGAAGCUUCUGUACAAGAUCAGGGUGAAAAUCUAAGACGAUUUAUUGACCAAGAUGGUUUUAUAUUUAGGCGCCUUCAUUACUACAUGCAGACUUCAAAAUUAUCUUUUUUCAGCUACCCUGAUUUGAACUUAUUGUAUGAGCAAGCGUUGAUUUUGCAGCUGACACCUUUAUUACAGACUUUAGAUAAUUUGAAGGACAGGAAAUAUAAUUUACAUGUCCAGCCUGCAGAUACACCAGUAGCUGAAAGAAAAUCUCCAAAUUACUAGAGAACAUGAAAAUGUACCAGCAAGUCAUCAGAGACUCCUCCUAACAGUCCAGCAUUCACAGGGUUGCAUGCAAGAGCUCCCUUAGGGCUAGUGGAUACACCUUUACUAGAUACAGGAGGUGAUGUGAAUUACUGUUUUUUGCCACUAGAUUUGGUGGCAAAAUAUCCUGUACUAGUUAAUGAUGAUCAUUUGCUGUGGCUGCUUGAGAACGCAGCCCUGAAUGAGUGCAAGUGCAGUGAGUUCCGCUUCAUAGUUAAUUUUCUUUGCUCAGGGAAGAUGUUGUUGCCUGACGACUUCUCCAACAUAGACGCCUUGGAGGAGGAAGUUUUAAUUCUGGGAAUUCCUGAACUUAUAGAUGCUGUGAAGAUCUAUAGAGGCAGCCGCUCUGUGGUGUCCCCCACUGCGGCGGAGCCCAGGGGGCGGUGGGGGGCAGCGGUGGGGGGGACCCCACCACGGUCCCCGCUGUACACCAUGGCACUGGGGCUGCUGGCCAACUACCCCGACUCGGUGCUGGGACAGCUCUGCAUGGGCAGCAACCUGGGCAGGAGCCGCCUGCACGUCUCCGGUGACGGUGUCCUUUUCCAGCACGCCAGGAAUUGGCUGGGAACUUGCUGACUCCCCCUCACUAAAAAUAUUUCUGAAAUCGAAGAGCUCUGUGCUUAUUUGGACAAAAGAGACACCACAUAUGAACCAAUGAAAGGUGCCUUAAAGUGCUACUUGAAACAGCAGAUGCCAGCAGAGAGCCGAGAUUAUAGUGCAGAUUGGACAGCAGAAGUAUCCGCAUGCUCCCUCCAUCAGAUUGUGAAAGUUUAUGUAGGAAGUAACUGGUAUGAAACUUGCCUACAGACUUUAUUGAAGUACCCAGAGCUGCUUUCAAAUGACAAGAAAGUCUGUUGGAUCACCUAUGGUCAAAGUCUUCUAAUCCAUCGAUAUGGGCAAAUGUUUUGGCAGGUUCUCAGUUUUCUAAGACUUGGGAAAUUGUUUCUGCCAGCUGAAUUUAAAGAAUGGCCUCUCUUUCGUCAAGAAGCAGAGGAGUACCAGAUCCCUUCUCUUUUAGAGGCACUUUAUCAAUCUGAUGCAUACAGAUUAUGGAUCCAAAAGAAUGAAUUGCACAACGGAGUUUCUUUUCCAUGUAGAAGAUUAAGUACUGAGUCUUGCAAUAAGGAACUUGAGUUCAGCAAAGACCCCAAAGAAGUGUGCUCGUUUACAGCUGUGGAUUCCAGUAAACGCUAUAUUAAUACAUGGAGCAAUAUAAGAGAUCUGACUGGAAAGCAAGAUGCCAGUGAGGGGAAGGCAAAGUGCUCCAGAACGAUUUCACGGGUGAGAGGGACAAAGCGGAUGAACACACUUGGAGGAUAUGAUGCAUCCUUGGACAGCCUGGUCAGCUCCAGCUAUCACAAGGAUUUGUUAAGCCCUCUGAGGAAGAAUGGAAUGAAAAGCAGCUUAACAAAGAAAAGAGGAGAAAGUGAAGACUCAGCAAGUCACAUCCAGAAAUUAAUUUCCCAGGCAAAGGAAUGGGACACGGUGAGCUCCAAGUGGUGCGGUUUUCAGCACGUGAGAACGUCUGGCGGUUGUAUUGCAGAGUAUACAUCUCAGUGCAACGCUCCCAAAAAGAACAGGGGUGUCAAGGCUCCCAUUGCCUCUGCUCCUGGCAAAAUAAGCUUUACAGGUCAAGGAAACCAUCACAGUGCCCAGUACAAAGUCGGCGCUGAAGGAGAGCAGCGGGAGCAAUAUGUGUUCACACAGAGUUCGCCAGUUGCUCCAAGUGCUGGAACAUUUCAAUUCAGCACCAUAAGAGCUACUGCUGCGUUAGGAAACAAUGCAGAGAAUAUAAACAGGGAGCAACUAGAAGGAAGUUCUUCCAGUGAAGAAAGACAUAAGACCUUGCAAAUGAAACUCAUCCCUCUAAAAGCCCGUGAGGACAGCGAACCAGCAGACCUCGCCCUGGCAGACCACAGAAAUGUGGGGUUGAUUCUUAAAGCUGAGCAUCCUCCGGUUUUAGGCAGUGACGGCUUUUGCGUGUGCGAUGAGGAGAGCGUUGCUUACAGCGCUGAGCUGGAUGGCAGCCGGCUGCACGCUCCACACGCUCAAGCACUGCCCGAAGGUAUAGUUUUUCUUACCUUUGCUCUCUCGCACGAGGAGAUAUUCUGCGCCAGGAAGUGCCACUUUGUCCUGACUGAUGUCAUCCUGGACUCAGUAAGGCAGAAGGAUCCCAAAGAAAUCACAGCCAAAGUCGGGACCCGUGUGAACAGCCUUUGGACUUGACAGAUCACACCCAGGGAGUUUGUUGCGGAUGUACUGAACAUGGAGUGUUUUGAAGGGGACGGGAACGUUCACGAAGAGCUGCUUCAGUGGGUGGAAUUUACUCUGCCCCUCGCAUGGAAGUACAGCCGCUGCCUCGACUUACUGAUCCAGAGAGGCUUUGCUAGAUCUGUCUCAUACUUUGCCUUGGAAAUGUAAGUUCACAGAACAUUAAUAAAAAUUUGACUCAGCUA